CGCAUUCGUCAUCUGAGCUCAGCCUUUCUCAUGGUAUCUUGGACGCCCUUCUCUCAGCGCUGCAUUUACGUGCUCCACCGAGCUCGCUAUCAUGCUACGAUCUCGCUCGGCCGCACUCGCCUACUCGGGUGCUCGCGCGGCUCCUCGGUCAUGGGCUUCCAGAGUAAUUGUUCGGGGUGACCUCGGUCGGCGGGCUCGCUUCCUCUCUGCGGCAGCCGGGAACGCGGUGUCGGUCAACGCGGACAGGCUGAAUCGCACGAUACACGAGACGUGUCGGUGGGGAGAGGCCCAUCGGUUUGGCCCGGAUCCGACGGAGACGGGGAUGUGCCGCCUCGCGCUGACCGACUCGGACGCGGAGGCGCGACGCUGGUUCGUGGACGAGAUGAAGGCGCAAGGGUGUAAGGUGUCGGUCGACCAGAUGGGCAACAUCUUCGCUGUGAGAAAAGGGAGGAAGGAGGGCGCGCCGACCGCGAUGGGCAGCCAUCUGGACACGCAGCCGAGUGGCGGCAGGUACGACGGCAUCCUCGGCAUUAUAUCUGGCGUUGAAGCCGUCCGCACCCUUAACGAACAUAACAUCGAGACUGAAUACCCCGUGGCCGUCGUGAACUGGACCAACGAGGAAGGCGCACGCUUCCCGCAGUCUGUCGUUUCGUCCUCCGUUUACGCCGGCUCGACCCCCCUCGCGGACGCGUGGGCGCUGGCCGACAUCGCGGACGCUUCAAAGACGAUGAAAUCCGAGCUCGAGCGAAUUGGGUUCCUGGGUUCCGUUCCCUGCUCGUUCGACGCGAACCCCAUCGCGGCCCACUUCGAGCUCCACAUCGAACAGGGCCCGAUCCUCGAAAAGGCCAAGGCCAAAGUCGGCGUCGUGACAGGCGGGCAAGGUUACAGGUGGUACGACGUCCAAGUCUCGGGCCGCGCCGCGCACUCGGGCUCGACGCCGUUCUACUCCCGGAGCGACGCGCUGCUCUGCGCCGCGCGGAUCAUCGCCAAGAGCAACGAGAUCGCGAAAGAGCACCGCGCGCUGGCGACCACCGGUAUACUCACCCUCGAGCCGGGCUCGACGAACGUGAUUCCCUCGUCCGUUCGGUUCACGCUCGACGUGCGCCAUCCGGACAUCAAACCUGACACGCUCGACGCCGUAGAGCGCGACCUGAUCGACGCCACGUUCGAGAUCGCGCUGAAAGAGAGCGAGCUCGGGUGCGACGUGAACUGGAAGCGGACGAGCGUCGCGAACGCGGUGCAGUUCCCGCCGGCGGGCGUGGAGUGCGUGAAGGAGGCGGGCGUCGCCGUGGUGGGCGAGAAGAAGGUCUUAGAGAUCGUGAGCGGCGCGGGACAUGAUAGCUGUGCGGUUUCCUAUCGAUGCCCGACCUCAAUGGUCUUCGUACCGAGCAAGGACGGGCUGUCGCAUAACCCGCGCGAAUACACAAGCCCAGAAGACUGCGCAAUCGGCGCACAGGUUCUCUUGAACGCGGUAUUAGCGUAUGAUAGGAGACGUGCCGCGGGCUUGGUUUGAGAGCAUCCAUCAUGAAGGCGAUAGAUGGCAAGCCAUUUGGCGAAACGCAUGUCACAUAUCAUUGCCAUAUAUCUCCACAACUACAAAAGAUGCGUCUGCAGCUCUGCUCAUUCUUCCCUUGGUUCAGUGCGUGUUUCUUCUGCGUGGAGUCGUUUCAGAAUCAGAUGGACAGGGAUGGAUGAUGAAACCUACCAAACUUAUUGCGUACGCUUGGCCUGUAACAUUCCGCC